AUGUUUCAAGGAGAUCUUACGUUCGAAGGGUCAACAUUAUUAAUGAAUAUCCUUAUGUUAUCAAUAUUUAUGACAAUAGUAUUACUUCUUGCCCAAGAAGAUAAACUUGAAAUACCAAUUCUCGAUAUAGUUCAGUCAUUAAUUUGCUGGGGAACAUUUUACGAAUGCAUUAUACUCAGUGCAUGCUUCUGGUGCUUCAGACACAUAGAACGUAUGCUUAGUACCAGAAUUUUAAUCAAUUUCUUCAUAUACAACGCGAUUUGUUACGCACCUUUUUGGGGUUUGAUCGUAUAUUUCAAAGGAUUCAAAUCACAUUUCUCACUCAUGUACUUCAUUCCUUUCAGCUUAUUUAUAUAUACAGUCUGGCAAUUACCUUCAAUUCCAAUUCCAGUUUCAGGAAAACUCGAAGACAAAAUAGUUCUUACAAUGAUGUUUGUUAUAUUACUUGUAAUAACAUUUCCAUAUGGUUUUUGUCCUCUUCUUACCUCAAUUUUAGGAAAUAUAUUAUUUGAAAUUGAUUUCCUCCGUCUUGCACGCUUAGUCAAGAUCGAAGAAUCCUCAGAUGAUGCAAUGGUGCCACUCCGCGAGUCACCAUUGAAUGCAGCCAAUACAGCUCCGUUAGCAAAUCCAGAAGAUGAUUUAGAUACAGAUAUAAACCAAGAUAGCUUAAACAACUUGGUAUCUAUGGGAUUUAAUGAGACUGAGGCAAGAAAUGCCCUCAUUCAAGCAAACGGAAAUUUAGAAGAAGCUGUAAAUCAUUUAUUAGAAGGCCGCUAA